ACGAUAUAUGGAACAUACAAGCAUGGGAUGCCAUCAAGUAUGCAUUGCCUGAUGGUAAUUGUGGUAGUCGUGUACUGAUCACAACUCGUGUAGUUGAUGUGGCUUCUGAUUCAUGCUUUGAAUCCCAAGGUUACAAGUAUGAAAUGAAUGCUUUGUCUGAUGACGAGUCUUGGACUCUUUUCUGUAAUAAGACAUUUGAAGACAAACGCUGCCCUCAACAUCUUGAAAGACCGUCACGAAAUAUAUUGAGAAAAUGCGAGGGAUUGCCACUUGCCAUUGUUGCAAUUGGUGGCAUAUUGGCUUUGAAGGACAAAAGUAGAAUAAACGAGUGGGAGAUGGUUCAGCGCGACCUUAGUGUUGAACUUGAAGGUGCGGGCAAAUAUGAGAGAGUGAAGAAAAUAUUGUCUCUUAGUUACUAUGAUCUGUCUUACCAUCUCAAAAUUUGCUUCAUUUACUUGAGCAUUUUUCCUGAGGAUUAUGAAAUUGAAAAAAAACAGGUGAUUCGACUGUGGACAGCACUGCAAUUCGUGCAAGAGACAGAAAGAAAAACUUCAGAAGAAGUUGCCACAGGCUAUUUCAAUGAACUGCUGAACAGAAGCUUAAUUCAAGUGGCAAGGAGAUCACUGGAGGGAAGACCCAUAACAUGUCGUAUCCAUGAUCUUCUACGUGAAAUCACACUUCCAAAGUCGAAAGAGCAUAAUAUUGUAACCAUUUCCUCCGGACAAGAUGUGAUGUUGCUAGAUAAAGUUCGACACUUGGCCGUUCACUACGUUAAAGAUGUACAACAACAAAGCAAACAUCUUUGUCCACUUCGCUCUCUGAUAAUUUUUCCUGGGAGUCAUCAAGAAUGCAGGUUACGUGUACUUUCACUCUUAGUUGGUCGUUGUAAGUUGCUGAAGGUUAUAGAUAUAAGACAUACUGAGUUCAACACACUCCCAGAUGACGUUUCUAAACUACGUCACCUCAGGUCUUUAACCAUGAUACACUGUAAUCUGGAAACCAUUCCAAAAUCUGUCGGAAUGCUUCGAAACCUAGAGACCUUGAUUCUGAGUAUGAACAAUUUGUCUUAUUUGCCUGAUGCAAUAGGAAACCUUGAGCAGCUCCGGAUCUUGGAUCUGAGCCGUAACAAUGUGGUUGAGUUUCCUGCUCAAAUAGGAAAACUUCAAAAACUUAGACGUCUCUAUGUGGGUCAGAAACAGGGGCCUUCGAAUUGUACAAUCCCAGCGGAAAUAGGAAAUUUGUCAUCCCUUGAAAAGCUUUAUACAAUCAAGGCGUACAAAAGGAAUGGAAAUAUUGUAACGGAAGAAAUAGAGAAGCUUACCCAUCUAAAGACUUUAACCAUUGCGGAUUUGAAAAGAGAAGAUGGAGUAGCCCUAUGCUUGUCCCUUCAAAAGUUGAGCAACCUUUGCUCACUAGCUAUUCAGUCAACUGACAUCAUUGAUCUACAAUCUUUUCCUUCAGGUCCUCCAUUUCUACAAAAGCUAUGUUUACAUGGACCUCUUGAGAGAGUACCACACUGGAUAUCUUGUCUGUAUAGUUUGGUUAGAGUAAGCUUCGUACAGAGCUGCUUAAGGGACGACCCAAUGCAAUGCCUACAAGAUUUGCCAAAUCUCCUAUCCCUUGAAUUCUCGAAGGCCUAUGAAGGAGAGGAAUUGUGCUUCAAGGCUGGAGGGUUUCCUAGGCUCAAAAUGUUAUAUCUUCAGAAAUUAAAAGAGUUGAGAUGGUUGAGAGUAGAGCAGGGCGCCCUGCCUCAUCUUGUAGACCUAUCCAUUAUCCUCUGUCAUAACUUAGAGGAGCUACCAUUGGGAAUCGAACAUCUACACAACCUUGGAAAGUUUCGCCUAAUUGGUAUGUCUGACUCAUUGAUUGAGACCCUUUGGAAUGAAUAUGUAGAACUUGGACGAUACUCGAAAAUUGCACAUAUCCCUCAUGUCGAAAUCACAGAUCGGAGAUAUUCAAGAAUUGGUGGGCUCGGAACUCGUCGAACAACAAGAGACCUAGUCCAUGCCGCUGCUCUCUGUUUCAUUGAUGAUUAG